AUUCGGGAAUUACUGCCCAGCAGCCGACUAAGUUGCAUUCCUUGAAUCUUCGCAGAAAAGACAAUUCUUUAAUCAGAGUUAGUAAUGUGGACAGUACAAAACCGAGAGAGUUUGGGGCUUCUCUCUUUCCCUGUGAUGAUUACCAUGGUCUGUUGUGCACACAGCACCAGUGAACCCAGCAACAUGUCAUACGUGAAAGAGACAGUGGACAGAUUGCUCAAAGGAUAUGACAUUCGCUUGCGGCCGGACUUUGGAGGGCCCCCCGUGGACGUUGGGAUGCGGAUCGAUGUCGCCAGCAUAGACAUGGUCUCCGAAGUGAAUAUGGAUUAUACACUCACCAUGUAUUUCCAGCAGUCUUGGAAAGACAAAAGGCUUUCUUAUUCUGGAAUCCCACUAAAUCUCACCCUAGACAACAGGGUAGCUGACCAACUCUGGGUACCAGACACCUACUUUCUGAAUGACAAGAAAUCAUUUGUGCAUGGGGUCACAGUGAAAAAUCGAAUGAUUCGACUGCAUCCUGAUGGAACAGUUCUCUAUGGACUCCGAAUCACAACCACAGCUGCAUGUAUGAUGGAUCUUCGAAGAUAUCCACUGGAUGAGCAGAACUGCACCCUGGAGAUUGAAAGUUAUGGCUAUACCACUGAUGACAUAGAGUUUUACUGGAAUGGAGGAGAGGGGGCAGUAACUGGUGUUAAUAAAAUCGAACUUCCUCAAUUUUCAAUUGUUGACUACAAGAUGGUGUCUAAGAAGGUGGAGUUCACAACAGGAGCAUAUCCACGACUGUCACUAAGUUUUCGUCUAAAGAGAAACAUUGGUUACUUCAUUUUGCAAACCUACAUGCCUUCUACACUGAUUACAAUUCUGUCCUGGGUGUCUUUUUGGAUCAACUAUGAUGCAUCUGCAGCCAGAGUCGCACUAGGAAUCACGACAGUGCUUACAAUGACAACCAUCAGCACCCACCUCAGGGAGACCCUGCCAAAGAUCCCUUAUGUCAAAGCGAUUGAUAUUUAUCUGAUGGGCUGCUUUGUGUUUGUGUUCCUGGCUCUGCUGGAGUAUGCCUUUGUAAAUUACAUCUUCUUUGGGAAAGGCCCUCAGAAAAAGGGAGCUAGCAAACAAGACCAGAGUGCCAAUGAGAAGAACAAAUUGGAGAUGAAUAAAGUCCAGGUCGACGCCCACGGUAACAUUCUCCUCAGCACCCUGGAAAUCCGGAAUGAGACGAGUGGCUCGGAAGUGCUCACGAGCGUGAGUGACCCCAAGGCCACCAUGUACUCCUAUGACAGCGCCAGCAUCCAGUACCGCAAGCCUCUGAGCAGCCGUGAGGCCUACGGGCGCACCCUGGACCGGCACGGGGUGCCCAGCAAGGGGCGCAUCCGCAGGCGCGCCUCCCAGCUCAAAGUCAAGAUCCCCGACUUGACUGACGUGAAUUCCAUAGACAAGUGGUCCCGAAUGUUUUUCCCCAUCACCUUUUCUCUUUUUAAUGUCGUUUAUUGGCUUUACUAUGUACACUGAGGUCUGUUCUAAUGGUUCCAUUUAGACUACUUUCCUCUUCUAUUGUUUUUUAACCUUACAGGUCCCCAACAGCGAUACUGCUGUUUCUUGAGGUAAGAGAUUCAGCCAUCCAAUUGGUUUUAGGUCUUGCAUAUCAGUUUUAUUACUGCACCAUGUUUACUUCAAAAAGACAAAACAAAAAAUAUAUAUUUUUUUCCAGUCUACCUUGGUCCAGGUUAUCAGCUCUGAAAGAGCUCUAUUAAUUGCCAUGUUUACAAACAAACAAACACAAAGAGAGAAGUUAAAUAGGUAGAUCUUUAGCAGUCUUUUCUAUUUGCCCUGAAUUUUACUUAUUUAUUUUUUAGGGAAAAUGAAAAGAGGACCUUGCUGUCCGCCUGCACUACUUCCUGGUAAACUGUAACAAUCUUAUGCUGCCAAAAA